AUGGACGCACGUGUUCAUCGUAGUAAGCGGGGGUGCGGACGGGUUCUGAAGCGCUCUCGUGCAUCUUCACCGGAAGUUGUGGCUGAAGUUGGAACCGGUCGGCCGGGUGAUCCGUUUGUGUUACCGUUGCGCAGCUCACCGAAUGGAAGUGGUUGUCAUCACUGCCCAGAGCACUCAUGUGAUUGUUUAUACGUGUCGAAGGAACUUGAAAGGUGCUAUUUAUCGCUACAAGUGUCUCGACAGGUCACGUGCAAAGGCCGAAGGGAACUUUGCGCCAAAUCUGUGCUUCCUCCAUUCGUUGCACGGCUGCUGCGUGUGGCAAAUGUGACAGCAGAUGAUACUUUCUACGACUUGGGUUGCGGAAAUGGCAGCGUUUUGUUUCAUGUUGCAUUAGCCACGGGCGCCAGUUGCGUUGGUGUGGAAAUCAAUGAGCACAACGCCAAGGUGGCGAAAGAGGCGUGGACGCAUCUUCGACCUGUAUUUGAAAAGCGCCGUGGUCGGAAGUUGGAUGUGAGCAUUGUUUGCGGGGACUUCUGCAAGGUUCUGAAGCAGGACAACUACUUUUCUUCUUCUUGUGUCGUGUGGAUCGCAAAUUUACUAAUGCCUCGCUUCGUAAAUCAUUAUUUGUCGGAGCGGUUGCGAUCCCUACCUAUCGGAAGUCGCGUGUUAUGCAUGGAAGACUUGUAUCCGCACUCCCGCUCCGUGGCUGCAGCUCGAGACCCCGACGCAUUUGAGAAAUUCGAGAUGGUCGACUACAGGUGGCAAGAGGAUAGCGUUGAGUGGAGCCCAGCAAGUGGGCCAUUUUAUCUUUACAUCAAGCGAUCGUGA